CUUUCCACCUUCACUUCAAGAGAAUGGCUAGUCUACCAUGGCUUGCUCACUUUCUCUGCUUCCUUUUAUUUCACUUGCAUUUGCAUGCUGCUUCUUCUCUAUAUUUUUCUUUCAAUUCCUCCUCUACAGUUAUGCUGUGCCAACAUGACCAGAGUGUUGCCUUACUCCAAUUCAAGAAAACAUUUUCCAUUAAAACUAAUGCCUCUUUUUGGGAUUUCCUUUAUCCCAAGCCUUAUCCCAAAACAGAGUCUUGGAAAGAGCGCACAGAUUGCUGCUUGUGGGAUGGGGUCACUUGCGAUAUAGAAACGGGUAACGUAAUUGCCCUUAACCUUUCUUCUAGCUUGCUCUAUGGUACCAUCCAUUCUAAUAAUACUCUUUUCUUACUUUGUCAUCUCCAAAAGCUUGACCUUUCUAACAAUCAUUUCAACCAUUAUCAAAUUGUACCUCAGUUUGGCCAGUUCUUAAAUUUAGCAUAUCUUAACCUCAGGCACUCUGCUUUUGUGGGCCAAAUUCCAUUGGAAAUUUCUUAUCUUUCUAGUUUGGUAUCUCUUGAUCUUUCUUGGAACUAUGAUUUGAUACUUGAUGCCACUAUUUUCAAUGAGCUUGCUAGAAACCUAACCCAGUUACAGGAACUGGACUUGAGUGGUGUAAAUAUGUCGAUGGUUGAACCUAGUUCUUUGAUGAAUUUGUCUUCUUCUUUGAUAUCUCUAAAACUUAUCUAUUGUGGAUUGCAAGGAAAAAUCCCAGACAACAUAAUUCCAUCCUCAUUUGAAAACCUUAAACAGCUUGAUACUUUGAACCUCUGCAGCAACAAUCUCAUUGGUCGAAUUCCAUCAUCACUUGGAAGCCUCAAGGAACUCUCUUCAUUGGACCUCUCCAAUAACAAUUUUAAUGGUGAGAUUCCCUCUUCAUUUGAAAACCUUAAACAGCUUGUUACUUUGAACCUCCACAACAACAGUCUCGGUGGUCAAAUUCCAUUCUCAAUUGGAAGCCUUGAGGAACUCUCUUCAUUGGACCUCUCCGAUAACAAUUUUAAUGGUGAGAUUCUCUCCUCAUUUGAAAACCUUAAACAACUUGAUACUUUGAUCCUCUACAACAACAAUCUCAGUGGUCAAAUUCCUUCCUCUCUUGGAAGCCUUAGGGAACUCUCUAUAUUGGACCUCUCCAACAACAAUUUUAAUGGUGAGAUUCCCUCCUCAUUUGGAAACCUUAAACAGCUUGAUAUUUUGAUCCUCCACAACAACAGUCUCAUUGGUCAAAUUCCAUUCUCAAUUGGAAGCCUUGAGGAACUCUCUUCAUUGGACCUCUCCUAUAACAAUUUUAAUAGUGGGAUUCCCUCCUCAUUUGAAAACCUUAAACAGCUUGAUACUUUGAACCUCUGCAGCAACAAUCUCAUUGGUCGAAUUCCAUCAUCACUUGGAAGCCUUAAGGAACUCUCUUCAUUGGACCUCUCCAAUAACAAUUUUAAUGGUGAGAUUCCCUUCUCAUUUGAAAACCUUAAACAGCUUCACAAUUUGUGUCUCAACAAAAACAAUCUCAGUGGUGAAAUUCCGUCCUCACUUGGAAGCCUUAAAGAACUCUUAUUAUUGGAUCUCUCCUAUAACAAUUUUAAUGGUGAGAUUCCCUCCUCAUAUGAAAACCUUAAACAGCUUGAUACUUUGAACCUCUGCAGCAACAAUCUCAUUGGUCGAAUUCCAUCAUCACUUGGAAGCCUUAAGGAACUCUCUUCAUUGGACCUCUCCAAUAACAAUUUUAAUGGUGAGAUUCCCUCUUCAUUUGAAAAUCUUAAACAACUUGAUACUUUGAACCUCCACAACAACAGUCUCGGUGGUCAAAUUCCAUUCUCAAUUGGAAGCCUUGAGGAACUCUCUUCAUUGGACCUCUCCGAUAACAAUUUUAAUGGUGAGAUUCUCUCCUCAUUUGAAAACCUUAAACAACUUGAUACUUUGAUCCUCUACAACAACAAUCUCAGUGGUCAAAUUCCAUCCUUUCUUGGAAGCCUUAGGGAACUCUCUAUAUUGGACCUCUCCAACAACAAUUUUAAUGGUGAGAUUCCCUCCUCAUUUGGAAACCUUAAACAGCUUGAUAUUUUGAUCCUCCACAACAACAGUCUCAUUGGUCAAAUUCCAUGCUCAAUUGGAAGCCUUAAGGAACUCUCUUCAUUGGACCUCUCCAAUAACAAUUUUAGUGGUGAGAUUCCCUCCUCAUUUGGAAACCUUAAACAACUUGAUACUUUGGACCUCAACAGCAACAAACUCAGUGGUCAAAUUCCAUCCUCACUUGGAAGCCUUAAGCAAAUCUCCUUAUUGGAUCUCUCCUAUAACAAUUUUAAUGGUGUGAUUCCCUUCUCAUUUGAAAACCUUAAACAGCUUCACAAGUUGUGGCUCAACAACAACAAUCUCAGUGGUGAAAUUCCGUCCUCACUUGGAAGCCUUCAAGAACUCUUGUCAUUGGAUCUCUCCUAUAACAAUUUUAUUGGCCCCAUCCCUUUCCAAGGAAGCAAGCUUUCAAGUCUAGCAGACCUUGAUUUAUCCAAUAACUUGUUACAUGGCCCAAUUCCAAGUUCAAUUUUCAAAUUUAUGCACUUGAGAGCUCUCAUUCUUUCAUCCAACAAACUGAUAGGAGAAGUUUCUUCUGCAGUUUGCAAGCUAAAUUCUCUUGAAAUUCUUGACUUGUCAAACAAUAGUUUGAACAGCUUCAUGCCACAAUGUUUGGGAAAUUUCAGCAGUAAUCUUUUAAUAUUGCACUUGGGCAUGAACAAAUUCCAUGGAACCAUCCCUGUAACGUUUUCAGUAGGCAGCAGGUUGAGAUAUUUGAACUUCAAUGGUAACCAAUUGCAAAGGAGAAUCCCACCUUCCAUCUCCAAUUGUAUAAAUUUGGAAAUUUUAGAUCUUGGAAACAAUAAUAUAGAUGACACAUUCCCCCAUUUUCUAGAAACUCUUUUUAGGCUGCAAAUUCUAGUUCUAAAAUCCAAUAAACUCCAUGGUUUGGUGAAAGGGACCUCUGCCAAUUAUUCUUUCUCAAAUCUACGAAUUUUUGACCUCUCCAACAACAUGUUUAGCGGACCUUUACCUAUAGAGUAUUUCAGUAAUUUCAAAGCAAUGAUGAUCUUUGCUUUGAAUAUGGAAUACAUGAGCGCACCAAAUUCUUCUUACAAUUAUUCGGUGAGUCUGACACUCAAAGGCUUGGAGAUUGAGUUGGUGAAAAUCCAAACACUUCUUACAUCCAUUGAUUUGUCAAGCAAUAAAUUCACAGGGGACAUCCCACAGUCAAUUGGAAAACUUAAAUCACUUGAGUUGCUCAACCUGUCUCACAAUCAACUCACAGGUAAUAUUCAGCAAUCAUUGGGGGAUUUGAGCAAGUUGGAAUCACUAGACCUCUCCUCAAAUCUUCUUGUUGGAAGGAUUCCAAUGCAAUUGACAUAUUUGACAUUUUUGGAAGUGUUUCGGGUUUCACAUAAUCAACUUGAAGGGCCUAUACCUGAAGGAAAGCAGUUCAACACAUUCGAUAGCACUUCAUAUGAAGGAAAUUUGGGAUUGUGUGGAUUUCCGCUAGAAAAAUGUGACAAUGGGGAGAGGCAACAACCAACAUCAUCAAAAGAAAUUGAUUCCAAGUCUAAAAAUGGAUUUGGAUGGAAAGCUGUAUUGGCAGGGUAUGGAUGUGGAGUAAUAUUUGGUGUUGUAAUGGGUUAUGUUGUGUUUAAAACAAGAAAACCUAUAUGGUUUGUGAGGAUGGUUGAAGGUGAAGGGCGUCGAAUGCUAAAAAGAUUUAGCAAUUAA